AUGUCCUCUGUGCCCAGAUCUGCCACUUCCGCGGAUCCGGACCCGGACCGCGGCCCUCCACUCAGGGCAUUUCUUAUCUUCAUGACCGUGAUUGUCGUGAUCGCAGUCUGCCUGCGCUUUUGGUCGCGUAGUCUAGGGAUGCCGUCAAGGCACCAGCCGCGCUUGAUGUGGGAUGAUUGGGCCGCCUUGGCCUCGGCGUGUGUCAUUCUCGGUCAGUUUGGCGUGUCUUUCGCGCUGCUGGGCUUGGGCUUUGGUCACCACAUGUGGAUGCUGCCAAGUCAGAAUCUCGAGCCCUUCCUGAAGCUCUUAUUUGCGACAUACUUCAUUGUUUAUAGCGGCCUCGCCCUUGCGAAGGCCUCCGCGUUGUUCUUCCUCAGUCGCGUUUUCCCUCGCACUGGAAAUCCGACUUGGUUCAACGUCGGAGUGGACGUCGCUCACUUUCUAAAUGUCGCAUGGCUUGUUGGUAUGAUUUUUGGGACAGCAUUCAAUUGCAACCCCGUCGCGAAGAACUGGGAUGUCACGGGGGUUAUGCCCGGGAAAUGUGGUCCAACGAGCUCGAUCUGGAUCGCGAGCGUGGUGCCUAGCGUGUUCAUUGACUUGCUCAUUCUCGUCCUCCCUUUACCGAGGAUCUGGACUAUCAAAACGAGCCAUUCGCGGAAAGUUGGACUCACAGUUGUGUUUGUUCUCGGUUACCUUGCUGUUGUCAUCUCCGUUGGCCGUAUGAUCACAGUACUGAAGUCCGUCGACGCAAUCAACAAUGACUUUAGCUAUGAGGGCAUGGCAGACGUGUACUGGGUUACUACGGAGGGGCCAUGCAUCCUGCUGGGUGUAUGCCUUCCCCCAAUGUUGAAUCUUGGCCACCACAUCAGGGCCAACUACCUGUCGCCUAUGGCAAGCUCGAUAUCGCAAGCUCGCUGGAAAUACGGGAGUUCUCGCAAUACAUCCAGGAGCAAGAGAGGUCAACACUCAGGUGGCACGCACUCAGUCUAUCAAGGUGCGGGAUUAGGGCAAGCACAACAUUCGACGACGAAGCUUCAUCCGUCCGAACGAGAGUUGGAAAGCAUGCACAACACCACCGGCUUUGCAAAUACUCGCAGCGAGUCGCCGCAGCUGAUGCAGCCUCAAAGCCACUCCCAUGAAACCCACUACGGGACUCCGGUUAGAAGUUACGACAACACUGCUAGUGCUCCUCUCGCUGUGCCAGAACACUCCAUCCGCGUAGACCGCAACUUCACAGUCAGUCAUCAUCAACCUUACCACUAA